AUGUCGCCGCCGCCGCACGCAAUCGCUGCCAAGGCCGUCGUCGUCGUCGCCGCCGCCGCCGUCCUCGCCGUCGGCGGCGUCGUCGUCGCUGGGAGCAGGCGGAGCCGCUCGCGCGUGCUCCGCGGCGUGCCCCGGCGGUGUGUCCGCCUGCUGCAUGCGCCGCGGCGCCGCCCGCACUCUGCGCUGAUCGCCGAUGUGCGCUGGCCGCCUUCCUCCUUGUUUUUUUUAAUGAAUGACUGGCGAUUGCCGCGCUCCCCCCCAGGAGAGGGAGGACAUUGCGCCAAGAUGCGUCGGUCGCACCUCCCUUCCUUCAAGUGA